CCUCGACGGAAGAUCAGCGACGUCAAAAUGGCGCUGUUCCGACCGGACCGGCAGACUCGUCCAAAGUUUUGUGCCCAUCGCCGGAGCCGUCGGUGAAGUUGGCGACUCGUGAGGAAAGUGGAUCAUGAGUGAAACCGGACUCGUGCGAGUCCGUAGUUUCCGAGGAUUCACGGUUCAGAACUGAUCGGUGAUAAGACAAUAGCGAGAGUGCGACCGGAACUCAAAGCUCAAAGGUAUCGAUUCCAAUCGACUGCGAGUCGGGGUUAUCACCCCGCAGUAAAGCUGAGAUCGCGCCGCCCAUCGGAGAUAUUAAUUCCAACAUCAGUCGAAGGUUACCGCGAGUGAAGCGCGACUGAACUCCUCGAAUUUUGCGCGAAACUCUUCCCCGUCGAACGAGCGGUUAUCGCGUUUCUCCUCGAUCAUCUCCUCUCCACGAUCUUCAAGUGUACGCUGAGCCUGUGAUGACGCGCAAGGCCUCCUCGAAGUGCUAAGCGGAAGUCGAUCAUGAACAUCGCGCUCGCGCUGCUCCUCAUCACCGUGGCGAGCGCACUCGAUCACCAUGACGCCUACGCGUGGAGUAGACGCAGGGAGGACUUCAAGGUCGCCGCGAGCCGAUCGUUCGUGCCGAGCAAGGUCAAAGAAACCCGCGCGCUCAGACCGACUCCGGCUGUGCAAUCGAUUCGCAGGUCGAGGAUAUCGAGUCCGUUCGCGGACGACGCUCUGCAAGACUCGACCAGAAGACACGCGCUCGCGGGGAACGCGGGGGACGAGUCACAGGAUCCGUGGAGUCCCGUCAGGACGCGGCAGGACCUGACGCGCGAGAACCGAGCCAUCGAGAACACCCUGAAGAACGCGGUCGGCAGACCGUCCUUGGGCAAAGUCGAGCAGUAUCAGUACUUUUCAAACUUCCCCUACAGCGGCGACGCGGCUGUCGACGCCAUUUUGGAGAACGUCGAGCACCCGAAGAGCACAGCGUUCUUGCCCAAGGACACCGCGGAUCACUUCUUGGAUCACAACGCGGAGGAAGUGGACUGGAGCGCGCAGGAUAUAUUCGAGAAGGACUCGCAGAAUGAAGAAGAAGAAGAAGAGCAGAUGGUAGAGGACGAGAGGGAGGAGGGGGAGGGAACGAACGUGCAGGACUUCCUGGACGAGAUCAAACGGAGGCGGCUGAGCGGCGAUCUCGAAGGACUCGCGGCAGGAGGACACCGACAAGGCAGACGGAGGAAGCUCACCAGCCAGCAGCAAGGUGCGCUGCUGGUGGAGACGCUGAGGAAGAAGCGAAAUCACACCAGUGACCAUCGAGGACACAGCUCUAAUCUGCAGAGCGGCAUUAUGGACAUGCUGGGCAGAAUGAUACCGCAGACCUGCAAGUACAAAGGUGCCAAGUUUGAGUGCGGCCUCAGCAUUAGCUGCGUCCUAGGCGGCGGCCGACCGGUCGACCUCUGUUCCGGCGGCUUGAUAUGGAGCUGUUGCGUGGACGACGACGACAUACCUGAGAAAGUACCGCGACCGACGAUGGCUUUGCUGCAGAAUGCCAGCUGCGGCGAGCUCUACACCAGGAGCAACAGGAUCGUGGGUGGGCACUCGUCCAGUUUCGGCAGCCAUCCGUGGCAGGCCGCCAUUAUCAAGUCGGGAUUUCUCACCAAGAAGCUGUCCUGCGGAGGCGCCCUGCUGAACAACCGAUGGGUCGUCACCGCGGCGCACUGCGUCGCGACGACACCGAACAACAAUCUCAAGGUUCGACUCGGCGAGUGGGACGUGCGAGACGCGUCCGAGCGGCUCCUCCACGAGGAAUACAAUAUCGAGAGGAAAGAGGUGCACCCGCAAUACUCGCCCACCGACUUCCGAAACGACGUGGCUUUGGUGAAGCUGUCCAGGACGGUAGCUUUCAAGCAGCACAUCGUCCCCGUCUGCCUGCCGGCGAGGAAUUUGAAGCUCUCCGGCCGAACCGCAACCGUUGCUGGUUGGGGACGGACUAGGCAUGGUCAAACUUCGGCGCCAUCCGUACUUCAAGAAGUCGACGUCGAGGUAAUACCGAAUGAAAGGUGUCAGAGGUGGUUCAGGGCAGCCGGCAGGAGGGAAACCAUUCACGACGUAUUCCUAUGCGCGGGUUACAAAGAGGGUGGACGGGACUCUUGUCAGGGCGAUUCCGGCGGACCGCUCACGAUGUCCGUGGAAGGCAGGCACGUUCUGAUCGGUUUGGUUUCCUGGGGCAUCGGCUGCGGUCGCGAGCACUUGCCCGGUGUGUACACCAAUAUCCAGAAAUUCGUGCCGUGGAUCGAUAAGGUCAUGAGCUAAAGCGCAAAAGAGAUUGUCUCGUCUCCAGUUCCUUCGAAAGGGGUUUCUUCUUCCGGGCGCUUCGCCCGAGAAGAAGAGGAAGAGGAGGAGAAGGAGGAAGAAGAAAUAUUUGCGAGAACGACGGGCAGUUACCAAAGUCGUAAGACGUACUUCAAGGACUCCCCACAACCGUGUUCGGUUAGUCGACCGUUGUUGAAGAACGGACUCUCACUGUCGGAAACACUCCGGGAAAUGUGAUGUUUUGUGGAUUAUAUAUAUUCGAAAAUGGCAAGAAAAGGUUAAUUUUAACGGAGCUACGAGUACAAUGUAUUCCGACGAUCGAUCGUGGCGGCGGUAAAACAGAGUGUUUAAGACACUGAGUAACGAUAUACGUAAAGAUGUUUCAUGCGAAGGACUUUUAAAAGGUUUUUGGUUUAAGCGCCUCGCCGUUGUUACUCGAAUCGCGAACAACUCGUCGCCUUACAUAUUAAGAUCGAAAGAUACGAUUUAUUUACGAGCCUGUUUGUUUGAGCUUUCGUUGCAACUCAAACUUGAUUCAACUAUUUUUCAAAUCGUGAAACAAGAAAACAACAUUACGACUAAUGUCGCUGAUUUUCAGCUAUCAUGUCCGAUAAUUUUACGUCGUUCUCUUGGUGAAUUUAAAUAAACAUGUUUUCCCUUUAC